AUGGGGAUGAACCUCUUUUCCAGUUGGUUGGCUGGGGACAUGGUGGCGGUCGGGUUUACCAUUGUAGUGGUUGGGUUUGCAAGUUGUUACGCGCUGAGAGCCUUGAAGCAAGUGAAGCAAGUGCUGCAGAAUCUGCCCAAACCAGACUUCAGUAGUUGUUACAGAGGUGGAUUUGAACACAAAAUGACAAAAACAGAAGCAGCCUUAAUAGUAGGAGUGAGUCCUGCAGCCAACAGAAGUAAAAUUAGAGAAGCUUAUAGAGGAAUCAUGAUUCUGAAUCAUCCAGAUCAAGGAAGUUCUCCAUAUGUAGCAACUAAAAUCAACAAAGCUAAAGAUUUACUGAAGACUAAGUUAAAAAUGGAGAUAAAAUCAGUGUUUGAUUGUAUAAAUGAUUGUUUUUUUAUAAACAGCUUAAGGCGAGUACUAAUGUCCAUCAUUGACUUGAUACAAAUGAGGCCUGAAAAAUGA